GAGAAUAUGAGGCCAUUAAGCAAGUAAUCUGUUUUUACUCCCUUUGCCAACACAAAAAACAAAAAAAAAAAAAAAGAGAAGCAAGUAAUCUGUUCUAAUCCUAACCCUGGUAAUCAAAGUCCUUCAACGCAAUUUCAUCUAAGCUUCUGUCAUCCAAUCAUGGCAUUGAGAUCAAUGAGUUGUUGGAAAUCAAUGGUGAGUCGGUUGAGUGGAACUGCAACGUAUGCAACUUCAAGCUCUCCAAAAAUGAUGGCGUAUGCUCCAACAGCUGAUUUCGGCAGUCCUCAGCGAGAAAAACGUACUAAAAAGACAAUAAAGGGAGAGUUUGUGCCCGUUUAUGUGGUGAUAGGAAUGAUAGCUCUAUCGGUAUCUCUGGGUCUGUACACCGCGAAGCAACAGAUAAUGCACUCCCCGACAGUACGCGUGAAGAAGAAGACAAGGGAAACGAUACCAGAGGUGGAGGAGCCUGAGAUAGUGAUGAAUGAGGCUGAUAGAUUCGUGAAGAAGUCUUUCUUCAGGAAAAUUGCGCAUGUUCAAGAGUUUGAUAGCGGUCUUCGAUAUACGCCUGAUCCUAUUCGUAGAGACGCUUUUGCACACGAGCAGCCCCGCGCUGAGACUCCCAAGUCUGUUGGGGUUGAUCCCAAGUGGCGUUGAGAUGUAUAUCUUUUUUCCUCUACCUGCAGGAAGUUUGGGCUAAUCUUUUACCUUUGCAUAAGAUUGUAAAAUUAAGAGAUAAUCUUUCUCGUGAUGUGUUGUAAGAUAAUGUUUGAGAUGAAUGGUAUUUAUACGCUUAUAACAAACCAUAAGGGAAUGUUGCUUGGCGCAA